AUGCGUUGUUUCUCGAGCAGAGCUAAACCGGAGAUUAAGGGCAUAAUCAUUGAGAAAGAUGGAUUGCUUGUGGAGAAAGAGGCGCUUUUGGGAAGGAGUCAAGAAGAAGAGAAGAUCAAAGAAGAAUUGAAAAUGGCAAGUAACAGCCUGGAAGAUGAGAAACGAGUCCUUUCUCAGGAGCUCGAAAGUGUUAAGGUCGAAAUUUCCAGCCUAAACGAGCAAUUGAUAAACGACCCCGCGAACAUGGAUCUCAAUCGCAACUCCACGAAGCAGAGGAGGGCCAGGAAGCUACUCAAGAGAAAAUCCCACCACCGCCAACGACCGCGACGGAGAGGCGGAGGAGGUGGCGGAGUCUGUGCAGAGACGCGCCACACAUUUAAGUUUUAUUUUUAG